GAAGCCGGGGCAGGGGCGGAGCCGGGGCCAGGACAGGGGGCUUGGGCGAGGCCGAACUCGACUUGGGAGGCCCCGUCGGCUCGCCGCUGUGGUCCCGCGCCCCGGCCUUCGCCCAUCUCCUCGCAGCGGUCUGUACCUGGGUGGAAGGCUGAGGUGCAGGCAGUCAUGGCGCUGCGUGCUGCCGUGUUCGACCUGGACGGGGUCCUGGCGCGGCCCUCGCUCGCCAGCUCCUGGGACCGUGCGGAGGAGGAGCUGGCGCUGCCCAGAGGCUUUCUGAAUGGAGCUUUCAUGAAAGGAGGCCCAGAUGGUUCCAGUGCCCGCAUGAUGAAGGGAGAGAUCACAUUUUCCCAGUGGAUGCCAUUCAUGGAAGAAAACUGCAGGAAAUGUUCUGAGGACUCUGGAAUCUGCCUCCCUGAGAAUUUCUCUAUAAAUCAGAUCUUUGGCAAGGCGCUUGCAGCAAGAAAGGUCAACGACCCCAUGCUUCAGGCAGCUCUCACUCUCAGAAAGAAGGGAUUUACAACCUGCAUCCUCACCAACAUCUGGCUGGAUGACAGCACCCAGAGAGGCAGCCUGGCCCAGACGAUGUGUGAGCUCAGGCCGCACUUCGAUUUCCUGAUUGAGUCAUGCAGGAUCGGAAUGGCCAAGCCUGACCCUCAGAUCUACAAGUUCAUGCUGGACGUCUUGAAGGCCAGCCCCAGUGAGGUGGUUUUCUUGGAUGACUUCGAGGUUAAUCUGAAGCCGGCCCGUGACCUGGGGAUGGUUACCAUCCUCGUCCGUGACACUGACACUGCCCUGAGGGAGCUGGAGAAAGUAACCGGGGUGCAGCUCCUCCAAACUGCAGCCCCCCGACCAAUCCCCUGCGAUCCAAGCACCGUGAGCCAUGGGUACGUGCCCAUAAAGCCUGGGAUGUGUCUGCAUUUUGUGGAGCUGGGCUCUGGCCCUGCCGUAUGCCUCUGCCACGGAUUUCCGGAGAGCUGGUUCUCUUGGAGGUACCAGAUCCCUGCUCUGGCCCAGGCGGGCUUCCGGGUACUAGCGGUGGACAUGAAAGGCUAUGGAGAGUCAUCUGCUCCUUCUGAAAUAGAAGAAUAUUCCAUGGAAGUGUUAUGCAACGACAUGGUCACCUUCCUGGAUAAGUUGGGCAUCGCUCAAGCUGUGUUCAUUGGCCACGACUGGGGUGGCAUGCUGGUGUGGAAUAUGGCUCUUUUCUACCCCAAGAGAGUGAGGGCAGUGGCCAGCUUGAAUACUCCCUUCAUACCAGCAAAUCCCAAAGUGUCCCCAAUGGAGAUAAUCAAAGCCAAUCCUGCCUUUGAUUACCAGCUCUACUUCCAGAAACCAGGAGUGGCGGAGGUUGAACUGGAACAGAACCUGAAUCGGACUUUCAGAAGCUUCUUCAGAGCAAGUGAUGAGACUUUUCUCACCACGAACAGAGUCUGUGAAAUGGGAGGACUCUUUGUGAGUACGCCAGGGGAGCCCAGCCUCAGCAAGAUGGUCACCGAGGAGGACAUCCAGUUCUACGUUCAGCAGUUCAAGAAGUCUGGUUUCAGUGGUGACCUCUGUGAGGAUCAGAUGACAGCUCUGAGUUCUUCAGAAAAACACAAAACCCCACGUAACCUCAAAAACUGCAUACAUAUUCGGUGGGGGGGCGGUGGUUAUAGGCUCAGCUUUACUGAGCUCUAACUCACAUGCCAUAGAAUUCACCCUCUGAGAGUGUACAGUUCAAUGGUUUUUAGUCAUUUCAUGGAGCUGCGCCGUCACGACACAUUUUAUGGAUCGCCACGAUCCAUUUUAAAGUGUUUUCAUCUCCCAGAAAGCAGCUCUGUUCCCUUUCGCGGUCACCCCCACUUCCCCUGGGCCCCCAGGUCUGAUCACUCACCCAUCUGCUCUCCGUCCCCCUGGAGCUGCCUAUUCCAGAUGUUUCAUGCAAACGGAGUCGUACGCUGUGUGGUCCUUCGUGUGUGGCUCCUUUCACUCUGGUCCGCCCGUGUUGUAGUCUCUGCCAGACUUCGUUCCUUUUUCUCAGGUCUGUUUCUAUGCUGCGGUUCAGGGCCCUGCCCUGAAAUCACUGAGAAUCCCUCUUCACAGCCCCUUUUCUGCGUGUCCCUUCACGUAUUUGGGUAUUGCAAGUCUUCGAAGCUCGUGAGUCCUUUAGGGGCGCUUCAGGUCACCGCGUUUCCAUCUUCCUCCUCUCUCCUCACGCCCCCAUCCGUCACUCAGACCCAGGGGCGCAGAAGGAGCCCAACAGCAGGACCGCCUUCGUCAGCCCAGCCCACAAGUUCACAGUGUGGCGACCUUGGCCGUGAACACCCGUGGUGGCCUUUAGACCCCAGUGUUUCCAGUAUCACAAUUUCAACCUUUCCCUAAGCAUCUCCUUUCUUCCCCCCUCCCCACCCGAAGUGGGGGACAAUUUAAGAGUCUCAGACUGGGGGACAGAGGUUCUCUGGAAGGGAACGUAUAGGCAAUCUGAUCUGACCCCUCCUUGCACAGGAGGGAAAAUUAGAAGUCCCCAAAGGGCACGUGACUUGUCCAAGGCCUUUCCAGGCCCUCCCUUUCACCAGAAGCCUCAAGGGCCGGACAGCAUCAACCCAUUCCACACCUGAGGAUUGGGACAGUGCUCCAGGUACAGCCCUGGAGCCACCCUACCUGUCCGGAGGAGACACCUUGGCAUCACUUCCCGAUGUCACACUAGGAGGAAGCACCUCCCGGUGGCCCUUUUCUGUGGGCUCCCUGGGACAGGGGAGUGGCCCUGGUUGGUGAGGGCACUAAACCAAGCUCCCCCACCCCCGUCUUCCGAGACAGUCCCGGGAGAAAAUGGAGAGUCCUGUAGGGCUGAUUUCUGUGUGUCCCCGGAUGCCCACUUCAGAGAACAUCAGCCCUCAGCCCAGCGCUGUGCCUGCACCAGGCCGUGCUCGAUAAAGCCCGGCAGGCGCGCAGGGCACCGGGGUGUGAAUCCUGGGAUCUGUUCUCUUCGCCCUGCAAGAGCCUUUGCUCUUCCUGGGAAGACUGGCUCUAUGCUGAGUGGGUUGCUGUGGUGGGGUCUGUAGCACAAGCAUCUACUAAAAGCUUUCCUCUUUUUAUUCCUUCGUCCGCCCCUCCCAGGGGGCCUCUAAACUGGUACCGAAACAUGGAAAGGAACUGGCAGUGGGGCCGCAAAGGCUUGGGAAGGAAG